AUGGCGAUACUCGGCACCGCGCCGUACCCCUCCAAGGCGCCCACCAUCAUGGGCAUGCCCGCGAAACAGGUGUCCCUCGUCACCAUCAUGCACUACUCCCGAAUCAUGCCACAAGUGGGGGACCAUCGAUACUUCGCCUCGACCGCCGUCUUCCUCAGUGAGGUCAUCAAGUUGUCCAUAUGCCUCUGUUGCUGCAUCGCCGAAACAUCACGUGCCCUAGGCACGUCGGCGACGCCCGCCGCCAUCUAUUGGCACAUCCGAACGGCUGUGUCAUCGGGCGACAGCUGGAGGUUGGCAGUGCCCGCCGUUCUGUAUACGCUGCAAAACUCCCUGCAGUAUGUGGCUGUUGGCAAUCUCGAUGCUGUCCACUUCCAGGUUCUCUCCCAGUUCAAGAUUCUCGCAGCCGCCGUCUUCUCGGUCACGAUUUUGCGGCGCUCACUCCCGCCCAAGCGAUGGCUCGCACUGUUGGUGCUCACUUUUGGUGUCUCGAUCGUCUGUAUACCGCAUUCCGACACACACCAAACUUCCACCUCCUACAACAGCAUCCUGCUCCACCAUGAUGCCGACCACUUCUUUCCGCGAUCCGUUCACGAGCUCGGCCAGGCUGCAGCCAACGGUGCGCACCAUGUGACCAAGCGUGCUGCUCAGGUCCUUGCACCUCGCACGCCCCUAGUCCUCCCUCGCUCCGCCACAUACCAAGGCAUGGCCGAGGACGAAGCUCGCACAAUGGCCAGCAACUACACCUUUGGAGUCUUUGCGGCCCUGAUCGCAGCUGCCAGCUCUGGACUCGCCGGUGUGUACUUUGAAAAGAUCCUCAAGGACGCGGCCGCACCACCGAAUACCUCGAUCUGGACCCGUAACGUGCAGCUCUCUUUCUACUCGCUCUUCCCGGCCCUCAUUAUCGGCGUCUUUUUCAAAGACGGCGCCGAAGUCCGUGAGCAUGGAUUCUUUGACGGCUAUAACUGGGUCGUGUGGACCGCCAUCUUUCUUCAGUCUGCCGGAGGUGUCCUCUCCAGCAUGUGCAUCAACUACGCCGACAAUAUUGCCAAAAACUUUGCAGCAAGCAUCAGCAUUGUCGUCAGUUUCGUUUUCAGCGUGCUCUUUUUUGAUUUUGUAUUCGGCUUCACCUUUAUCCUCGGCACCUCGUUGGUCAUGUUCGCAACCUACCUAUACAGCUCUCCUGAACGAAAGAUGACCCGUCGACCGCCACCACUGCGCAUUGCGAGCUACCAAAAGACCGCCGUUGACCCAAUGUAUACCCCGCGGCUCGGCGACGAUCUACGGCCCCCACUCGACCCGCUUGAGUCAGUCCGCAGCAUGGCCUUGUCGACGUCGCGGCCGUCGAGCCCGAUGCGCUAUCCACGCUCACCGUCAGCACGGAAUCUGAGCAAGUUCCGGGGUGACUGA